GCCCUCAGUCAGACGGGCGCGGAGACGCUUCUGGAAGUAACAUCGCGAUGGCUGCCCAAGGAGAACCCCAAGUUCAGUUCAAACUUGUUCUGGUUGGUGAUGGUGGUACUGGAAAAACUACAUUCGUGAAGCGUCAUCUGACUGGUGAAUUUGAGAAGAAGUAUGUAGCUACCUUGGGUGUUGAGGUCCAUCCUCUUGUGUUCCAUACCAACAGAGGACCUAUUAAGUUCAAUGUAUGGGAUACAGCUGGUCAGGAGAAAUUUGGUGGACUGAGAGAUGGUUAUUAUAUACAAGCUCAGUGUGCCAUUAUAAUGUUUGACGUAACAUCAAGAGUUACUUACAAGAAUGUGCCUAACUGGCAUAGAGAUCUGGUACGAGUGUGUGAGAACAUCCCAAUUGUGUUGUGUGGCAACAAAGUGGAUAUUAAGGACAGAAAGGUUAAGGCAAAGUCAAUUGUCUUCCACCGAAAGAAGAAUCUUCAGUACUAUGACAUUUCUGCCAAAAGUAACUACAACUUUGAAAAGCCCUUCCUCUGGCUUGCUAGAAAACUGAUUGGAGACCCUAACUUGGAGUUUGUCGCCAUGCCUGCUCUUGCCCCGCCAGAGGUGGUCAUGGACCCAGCCUUGGCAGCACAGUACGAGCACGAUUUAGAGGUUGCUCAGACAACUGCUCUCCCGGAUGAAGAUGAUGACCUGUGAGAAAGUGAAGCUGGGGCCCAGCGUCAGAAGUCUAGUUUUAUAGGCAACUGUCCUGUGAUGUCAGUGGUGCAGCGUGUUUGCCACUUUAUUAUAUAGCUAAGCAGAACAUGUGCUUAAUCUUUGGAUGCUGAAGGAGAUGGAUGGGCUUUGGAGUGAAUGUGGCAGUUAAAAAAAAAUACCUUCAUUUUUUGGACCUGCAUAUUUAGGUGUUUUGGAACACAGUUGUUUCCUCCUUGAGUUUCAAAUAUAAGACUGCUAUAGUCACAUGACAAUAUUGAGAGGUGGAAUCUUGUUUGUUACUGUCAUUCCCAUUCCUUUUCGUUUAGAAUCAGAAUAAAGUUGUAUUUCAAAUA